ACAGGUGGUUUCCGUCCCCAUUGUUUGGCCACUGUUUCCUCUAGUAGUUAUAGUUCUCCAUCUUACACAUUUUCAUUUCAUUACGAAUUCCUCACUUUCAUAAGAAGAGAAACUGAAAAUAUAUACAUAUAUAUCGAUAUAUAUAUAUAUUAUCAUCAAAUCAAUUAGAUUAAUCUAGUAAUAAUUAGAGAAUGGCCGGUAGUUAUUUCGGUGUGUUUGUAUCAGAUCCAUGGUUACAAAAUCAAUUCACACAAGUUGAGCUAAGAACAUUGAAAUCUCAUUUUGUGACGAUGCGGAGAGAAAACGGAAGUUUAACGCUAGCUGAUUUACCGUCGAAAAUGUCGAAACUGAAAAACGUUGGAGAGAAUUUAACAGAGGAUGAACGAGCUGCGUUUCUUCAUGAUUCUUAUCAGAAUUUAGCCGAUCAAGUCGAUUUCGAACUCUUUCUGAGGGUUUAUUUGAAUCUCCAAGCUCAUGCAACUUCACGGAUGGGAAAAGGUGCUAAAAACGCUUCGGCUUUCCUCAAGUCUCCCACGUCUACGUUGCUUCACACAAUUAGUGAAUCGGAGAAGGCUUCGUAUGUUGGACACAUAAAUAGUUAUCUUGGAGAAGAUAAAUUUUUAAAGAAGUUCCUUCCUAUAGACCCUUCAACAAAUGAUUUGUUUGAGCUUGCAAAAGACGGAGUUCUUAUAUGUAAGCUUAUAAAUGUGGCAGUCCCAGGGACUAUCGAUGAAAGGGCUAUUAAUACUAAGAAAGUGCUGAAUCCUUGGGAGAGAAAUGAGAAUCAUACCUUAUGCCUUAACUCUGCCAAGGCAAUAGGAUGCACUGUGGUUAAUAUUGGAACACAAGAUUUUAUCGAAGGACGGAGGCAUCUUGUGCUUGGAGUAAUAUCUCAAAUAAUAAAGAUACAAUUACUGGCAGAUCUCGAUUUGAAGAAAACGCCUCAGUUGGUGGAAUUGGUUGGAGAUAAUCAGGAUGUGGAGGAGCUUAUGAAUCUACCACCAGAGAAGAUUCUUCUUCGAUGGAUGAAUUUUCAUCUGAAGAAAACAGACUACAAGAAAACAGUGACAAAUUUCUCAUCUGAUGUGAAGGAUGGAGAGGCUUAUGCUUACCUCUUAAAUGUUCUUGCUCCGGAGCAUAGUAAUCCGUCAACUUUGGUUGUCAAAGAUCCUUUAAAACGAGCAACAUUAGUUCUUGAACAUGCUGACAGGAUGGGCUGUAAAAGAUACUUAACGGCGAAAGACAUCGUAGAGGGUUCUCCCAACCUUAACCUUGCUUUUGUGGCUCAUAUUUUCCAGCACAGGAAUGGAUUAUCAACCCCAGAAAAGCCAGUAUCUUUCCUUGAAAUGUCAGCAGACGAUGCCCAAAUCACCAGAGAGGAAAGUGCUUUCCGUUUCUGGAUAAAUAGUCUUGGAGUUGCAUCAUAUAUAAACAAUGUCUUUGAAGACGUCAGAAACGGGUGGGUACUAUUGGAGGCACUUGAUAAGGUAUCACCAGGAAUUGUUAAUUGGAAAAUUGCGAAUAAACCUCCAAUUAAGAUGCCAUUCAAGAAAGUAGAGAACUGUAACCAAGUUGUCAAAAUUGGGAAAGAAUUGAAGUUUUCGCUAGUCAAUAUUGCUGGAAAUGAUAUUGUUCAGGGUAAUAAAAAGUUGAUACUGGCUUAUCUGUGGCAGUUGAUGCGAUUCAACAUGCUACAGCUUCUAAAGUACUUGAGAUCGUAUUCACUCGGGAAGGAAUUCACUGAUGCUGAUAUUUUAGAAUGGGCUAACUCCAAAGUUAGGAGCACGGGAAGCCAGACUUGUAUGAAGAGUUUCAAGGAUAAGAGUUUAUCAGAUGGCAUAUUUUUCCUGGAAUUGCUUAGUGCAAUACAGCCCCGGAUUGUUAAUUGGCGCCUUGUUACAAAAGGCCAAACUGAAGAGGAGAAACAAAUGAACGCAACAUACAUCAUCAGCAUUGCCAGGAAAGUUGGCUGUUCAAUCUUCUUGCUACCUGAAGACAUAAUUGAGGUAAACCAGAAGAUGAUCUUGACAUUAACAGCAAGUAUAAUGUACUGGUUCUAUAAACAACCAGUUGAAGAUCAAAGACCCUGUGGAUCAUCAGAUAGUGAAAGUGGUAAUCAACUCGAGACAAGCUCAACCUCCACAACAUAUGACACUGAGUCUGAAUCGUCAACAGACUGAGAUUGGUAAACAGAUAAGUUUUCAGUUUGGAAUUUUCUUGUAGAGUACUUAUAAUUCUUUACUGUAAUAUUUUUUCCUGCACUAAAUUUUUGUAUUAAGAUAAGUCGAUAAGUGCAGAAUUGCUAAAACAAAGUAUUCGUGUAUAUAGUUAUAGAAUUGUAUUUGUAUUGAAAGAAAUGGCUUCGUGUUUUUCUUUUCUUA